AUGUCCGACUAUGAGGACGAGAUGGAGGUUGAUGGCCCUGCACCAUCCAAGGACAUAAUCUUCUCCUCAGACAACACCGCCAAGGGCAAACGAAGCGCCGCCAACCUCCCUGUCGAAGCCGAAGACACCCUGCCAUGGGUGGAGAAAUACAGACCAGUCUCCCUUGCCGACGUUUCGGGCCACCAAGAUAUCCUAGCCACCAUCAACAAGUUCGUCGACUCGAAUCGACUGCCGCAUCUCCUCCUCUACGGCCCUCCCGGUACGGGAAAGACCUCGACCAUCCUGGCACUGUCACGAAGAAUCUAUGGCGAGCACAACAUGCGCCAGAUGGUGCUAGAGCUCAACGCUUCCGAUGACAGAGGUAUCGACGUGGUGCGAGAACAAAUCAAGACGUUUGCGUCGACGAAACAGAUCUUCACAAUGGGCGCUUCGUCUCGGCCUGGUGGCAUGGCUAGCUACAAGCUCAUCAUACUCGACGAAGCCGAUGCCAUGACCAACACGGCCCAGAUGGCUCUGCGAAGGAUUAUGGAGAAGUACACUGCGAACACCAGAUUCUGCAUCAUUGCCAACUACACACACAAGCUCUCGCCUGCAUUACUCUCGAGAUGCACGCGGUUCCGAUUCAGUCCGUUGAAGGAGGUUGAUAUCAGAGUUUUGGUUGACAAGGUCAUUUUGGAAGAGGAUGUCAAGAUCUCCGAUGAUGCCACAGAUGCUUUGGUGAAAUUGAGCAGGGGUGACAUGCGACGAGCACUCAAUGUUCUUCAAGCGUGCCAUGCAUCGAGUACCCCUUUGCAACCGAAGAACGGACCCAAGGUCGCCGAGAAGGAUAUUGUUCGAGAAACAAUCACCAUCUCGACUAUAUAUAACUGUAUCGCUGCUCCGCCGCCCGAUGCUAUCGAGAAGAUUGCCCAGACACUCCUCACCACUAGUGACGUGACGAGUUGUCUGUCGACUAUCAAUACUUUGAAGACUUCCAAUGGUUUGGCCUUGGCAGAUAUCAUCACUGCGCUUUCCGACAUUCUUGCGACCAUGGAGGUCAAGCCUGAAGCCAUGAUACGGUGGUUGGAUGGGUUGGCGGAGAUCGAGUAUCGUAUGGCUGGAGGAGGAAGCGAAGCUAUUCAGACAGGUGCUGUGGUGGGUGUCAUCAGAGAAGGUUGCGAGUUGAUGGGCUGA